GCGGGCGGGGUUUCUUUGGUUGUGAGUUUUAUCAGAUAGGAGCAGAAAUUUUGAUUUCUUUUCUCCUUUCAACAAGCACCGGUCGUUCCCGUCUUCUAUCGGACGUUUCCGGUCCUGCAACCAAGGACUCAGCCAUGGCUUCAAAGAAAAGCGGCAAAGGGAACCCAAAACCAAAAGAUGGUGCUAAAAGCCAGUCGUCUAACAAGAAUGGGAAGAAGGCCGACUCUGAGUCCAGUGGCAGCAGCUUCUUCACCUGGUUCAUCGUGUUGGCCCUGCUGGGUGUCUGGACGUCUGUAGCUGUGGUCUACUUUGACCUGGUUGACUAUCAGGGAGUUCUUGAUAAGGCUAAGGGCUUACAAAUUAACCUGUCUGAAGCAUUGCAAGGUAAACUGGUGGCGUACGACACAGACGGCGACGGAGAUUUCGAUGUCGAGGACGCAAAAGUUCUGCUAGGACUGAAAGAGAAGGAUGUUGUCAUCACUUCCCGCAGCCCAGAGGCCGCUGCACCAGUGGAGACCGCUCAUCCUGCAGCCACACCUGAAGCUGCUGUGGAGCCUGACCCUGUUCCUGUGGAAGAUGUGAUUGAAGCUGCUGUGGCAGAGGACACAGCUGCAGCCUCACCACCAGAGCCUGAAGCUGAGGCGGCAUCAGAAUCAGCACCUGUGGCUCCUCCUGAGGCCGAUGAGGUGAUUGAGGAGGAGCCAGAGGUGCUGGAGGAGGAGCCUGCUGCAGAAGAGGAGGAUGCUCCUGUUGAGGAAGAGGAGGUUGCUCCAGCUGAAGAAGAGCCAGCUGCAGAGGAGAUGAUGGGAGAUCAACCUGCAGAGGAGGAGGAGGAGGAAACAGAAACAGAGGCUGCGGAGGAGACCACAGAGGAGGCUACAGAGGAGACCGUGGAGGAGGACACGGAGGAGACCGCGGAGGAGGACACGGAGGAGACCGCGGAGGAGGACACAGAGGAGACCGCGGAGGAGGCCACAGAGGAGACCACGGAGGAGGACACGGAGGAGACCGCGGAGGAGGACACGGAGGAGGCUACAGAGGAGACCGUGGAGGAGGCUGUGGAAGAGGCCGAGGAUGAAGCUGCAGCAGAGGUGGAAGAGUCUUUCGCUGGUUCAGUGGAGGACACAGAUGAGGAGGUGGCUCAGGAGACGGCUCCUACAGAGGAAGCUGUUGUGGAGCCACCUGAACAAGAGGAGGCUGCUCCUGCACAGGGAACUGAAGAGGAGGCAGCUCGCUUGGAAGAAGCUUAUGAGGAGAUUGCAGCAGUAGAGGAGGAGGAGGAGGCUGCUCCAUCAGAGGAACCUGCUGAGGAGGAAGAAGCUGCAGAAGAAUCUGAGGCUGCAGCAGAAGAAAUGGGGGCAGCACAUGCAGAAGAAGCUGCUGAGGAAACUCCUGUAGAGGAGCAGGAAGCUCCUUUAGAAGAACCUGUUGAGGAGCAAGCUGAAGUAGAGGAAGCUCCUACAGAAGAGGCACCAGAGGAGACGGCCGAGGAAGAAAUAACUGAGGAGGAGACAGUACCAGUGACAAACACAGAAGAAGAAGCAGCACAUGGUGGUGCAGCAAGGGAUCCUGAGAUGGAGGAACUGUGGAAAGACGAGCCUACAGAAACGUAGGCCACGGAGGUCACCGCUGUGAUGGAGCAGGGACCCACUGACAUUGCAUCAGCACCAUCUGAGCUCAGAUGAUGAUGCCCCUCUCCAGAGAAAUGAUUGAGUUGUCAUGGCAACAAUCGCCCCUCUCCCCCCAUUUUCAUCCCUCCCUUUAAAUUUCCCUUUUAGUGUCAAAGUGUGAGAUGUUCACUAAUAUGCUUCCUUUGCCCUUGUUGUGUUUCCUUUCAGGUUUUGGCUCAUUCUUUUGUUUUCCUGUUUCCUUCAGGGUGUUUUAGCUUCAGUGUGUUUGGGGCACAUGUCCACUCCCUGUGACGUACGAGUGUGUGGUGCACUCGCACAGUCUUGUACCUCUCAGCAAAAAGAGGUCCAAAUCUUCGCUGGAGCUGCACGCUAGCUGCACAUUAAGAAGCUUCACACUUUAAAGUGUUGGAGCAACCAAAUCAAAUCCCCACUCAGAGCAGAAGCUGCUGCUCAGUGUAGAGAGGACUCUAUGCAAAGGUGUGACGCGUGUCACCCACCUCCUUCCUCCUCCUCCUUAGCAUCAGGUGAAUUUACCACUCAGUGUCGACUCCAGGAUGAGCCAUACACUAGCACAUGAACUGUGUGUGUUUGUGAGUAAUGCGUUGUUAUGUGCUGAGAGAUCUUUGCUAAUCCUUCUUGUUGUGUGAGCUGUAGUUUAGUUUCAUUUUGUUAUCUCACUACAUCAGACUGUAUCCUGUAGACUCCGAGCUGGAUCUUCUGUUUGCACAACUGAACUGAAGUUGUGACCUCAGCUUGUUGAACUGUGAGGGCAGCACGGACAGUGACACCCCCCCCCCCCACUUCACGUUUAACAGUGGCUCAUUCCUGUGGAAAUCCAGCCUCUCUGUAGAGGCUUAACGCCACCCUGUCACACACAAACAAUAAUGUCAAAUAAGAGCACUACUAUCUUAUUUUGAAGGCCAGAUGUAGAGCCAAACAUCGUUUCUGUUUGUCCUGUAAACAUAAAUCACCUUGCUUCACUCAAGGAUCAUGAUACAUGAUGACUGGCAGUGAAAAUGCUGUAGGAAUCAGUAAACACUACGUGUGGUCCUCACUUACUGUAACUGUUUGUUAGGGAUGCAACCUCGCUGUGUGAAUAUGUCUGAUUUUUCUUUCUCCUGUAACACUAGCUGAUGUUUUCUGUUUGCUGAAACUUUGUGAGUCAAUGUGAACCGAACCUUUUUAACAUUGAAAAGUAGAAUCUUUACUGAGAGACAACUUCUAGAUUUUUUAAUAGAUUUUUUAAAAAGAAUUUGGAGAGAUGAGAAGAAUUCUUAUUUCCAGAAGAUGCUUGCGGUGCUUUGUACUAAGCCAUAAGCUGUUUGUUGACUUUGUCCUGUGAAGCACAAACAAGAGAAACACUGUUGAGUUUUCAGUACUCGGCUUUGAUCACAGGUCACGUUCAUGUCUCAGAGGGUUGUGGCGCACAGGCAGCUCUGUUUCUAAACAGAGGCCACUUCUGAUGAACACGAUGCAACAAUGUAUCAGUGAUGACAGAGGGAGGGGGGGCGUGGCCAUCUUCAUCAAUGACAUGCUGUCUUUGAGUCAUAACCCUCAGAUUAUGGUUGAGUGUGCAGGUGUGACACUGUGCUGACUAAAUGAUCAUGAAGUACUGACAGAGAUUUGAAGUGGGAAGUUUUUCUGUUCUGGGAGCUAUAAUAAAAGAUUUGGGACAACACA